UUCGAGCUUUAAAAGACGAAGAGCAUCACAGGAAAUCCACAGUGUUCCUUCCAUCCCGAAGAAGAUCGGGUUUCAAGCACGCACAGCUCUCUUUGCCUUAAUUUACUCGGAAAGCAUAAACAAUGAUCCGAGUCCUCCUGUUGGCGGUCAGCCUGAUGGCAAUGGCAUCCCGUGACUGGGCAGCUCGAGGAUCCAGCCUCCACGUCCCAUUCGAUGUGCAUCUGCGACUGCCAAAGAUCAUCUUUGACCAGUCGCCUUUGAAAACAGAAGCAAAGAGAAGCGAGGCGAUGCGCGAGGAGGAGCGGGACGAAGUGCUGUGGACGAGCGAGUGCUCGCCGCGGGUGGCGGGUGUUCGGCGUGGUCAGGACGCUCGCCUUCAGUGUGAGGUGGUCGCCCCCACAGGCUCUGUCCUCACGUGGUACAAGGAAGGCGUGCCACUGCACCGAGAGGGUGCCCAGGUCGAGGUAGGUUCCACGCCCCAAGAGCUUCUGGAAGAGGCGACCAACAUGCUGGGUCUGGAGGGGGAGUUGUCCUCAACAGCGUCCACGUCCGCCUCCGUCCUGCAAAUCUCCUCCGUCGUCUAUUUGGACUGCGUCUCCGACCAACACCAGGCGACAUACAAGUUGGAGGUGAGAGCACCACGGAGUCAGAAGUCUUACUCUCGUCUUUUUACUGUAGUUAUCGUAGGCGACGAAAGCGAGACACUGGAGGAAGGCCCCACGUGCCGUCUGGGCGCCCUCGUUAACGCUCUGCCUCGCAUCUACCAACACUCCCCCGCGGCCAUGGGCCAUGUAGGGGACUCCGUGACGUUGCCUUGCCGCUCGCAGGGCCACAACGUCACUCGGGAAUGGCUCCUCAAUAAUGAGAGGAUUUCUGGCGACGCCAUUUAUCAGAUCUCGAGCACCGGCGAUCUGAUGGUGCGGCGGCUGAGUGCACAGGGUCGCACACAGUACACGUGCAGGGUGACCAGCACGAGGUUCUCUGCCCUCAGUGACACUGUAUUAA